AUGAAAAUACCCGUCGUCGACUUUUCACCGUGGUACAAUACCCAGGAUGAUUCCUCUCGUCGACGAGUCGCGCGCGAACUUGUGGAGGCUUGCCAGAAAGUUGGUUUUGUCUAUAUCGUGAACCAUUCUCUCUCCGAGUUGCUUCUUGAUAAAACAUUUGACUGGAUGAGAUGCCUUUUCGACCUCUCCGAUGAAGAGAAGAUGCGGGCCCCCCAUCCUGAGGGCUGGGCUGUGCAUCGAGGCUACUCAUGGCCUGGUUUGGAAAAGGUCUCUCAAGUUAUGAGCACUGGGGACGAUGAAGAGAUCCGAAUGAAGCUGAGAGAGGUCCCGGAUGUCAAGGAGAUCUACGACAUUGGCAGUGAGCAAAACACCGACCAGCCAAACCAAUGGAUACCCGACGAAACACUGCCAGGGUUCCGGGACUUUAUGGUUCAGUUCUACUCUGAGUGUCAUAAACUUGGCAAUGAGAUUUUGCGUGCUCUAGCCGUUGGCCUGAAUCUACAGGACGAGCUCUACCUUACAGAAAAACAUUCCGGCUAUAACAAUCAGCUACGGUUGUUGCACUAUCUUCCCGUCCCUGCUGAGGAGCUGGAACAAGAGCGAACAGCCCGGUGCCCGGCACAUACAGAUUGGAGUUCAAUGACAAUGCUUUUCCAGGAUGACUGUGGUGGCCUCGAGGUAGAGGACAUAUCUCGGCCUGGCACCUUCGUACCCGCUACGCCUUUGAAGAACGCCAUCGUUAUGAACAUUGGUGAUUUGCUACAGAUGUGGAGUAAUGAUCGCCUCCGCUCAACCAACCACCGUGUCGGACUGCCGCAACUCUCUGAUCGAUUCCAGGGUUCAAAUCGGAUGACGCGUGAGCGUUUCUCUAUUCCUUACUUUAUGGGCCCAGAUCCCGACUCUAUCAUUGAAUGCAUCCCUUCGUGUAUGAGUGAGGAAAAUCCGGCCAAAUAUCCACCAACUACUCAGGCUGAAUACAACAAGAUGCGCGCCUCCAUGAUGUACUAG